AUGACUGUAGAUAAAUCUCGGCCAAGUGUUUUGAUCUUAGGGACCGGUUUCGGUUCUGUAGGGGUUUUGCAAAAUAUAAACACUGAAAAGUUUAAUAUUACUGUAAUCUCACCAAGAGACUAUUUUUUAUUCACACCUUUAUUGACUUCUACUACCUAUGGACAUCUUAGAGAUGACAGUAUCAGUUUUGACUUUAGUUAUUUCCUGAAAGACAAGUCUGUUCAUUAUAUUAAAGAUAAGGUGAUCAAAAUAAAUCAAAAGUCAAAUAAAGUUAUUGUUUCCACUGGAGACACAUAUGAUUAUGAUUAUUUGAUUAUUGCUGUUGGUACCACGACAAAUACGUUUUCAAUUCCAGGUGUUGAAGAACACGCUUUUUUUAUGAGAGAUUUGAAAAAUACUCAAGAAAUUAAAAGGCACGUUCGAGAAGUCUUUUGUUCCAUUGAUCGUAAUACAACAAAAGAAAGUUUGCUACAAAAAUUGGCGUUUGUUGUUAUUGGAGGAGGACCUACUGGUGUAGAAGUAGCUGGUGAGUUCCAAGAUUGGUUUCAAGGUGAGGUUUCUAAAAAAUAUCCAAAAUUAAUGAAUUAUUGUUCAGUGACAUUGAUUCACAAUGGGCCAUAUUUAUUAAAUAAUUUUAUUACGGAAACUUCUAAAGACUUAUGUUACCGUACAGAACAAUGCCUACAAAACAACAAUGUUAAUGUCGAAUUGAAUACCAUAGUUUUAAAAAUUAUUGAUGAUAAACAAUGUUUAGUUAAAAAUACGAAUACCAACCGAGAAACAAUUUUAAACUAUGGCACCUUGAUUUGGUGUGCAGGUAGUGAAAAAACAUCAUUGGUGAAAGAUCUGUGCAAACAAUUAGACAAGUAUCAGCAUGAAACAAGGGGUUUAAAUGUUGACGAUAAGUUUACUGUCUUAGGUACUAAUAAUAUAUAUGCUAUUGGAGAUAGUAUAUAUAGUGCUGAAUUACCACCGAAGGCUUCUUCCGCCAUGAAAGCUGGUUCAUAUUUGGCACAAGAAAUUUUCAACAAGGGAUUCUUUGGUCCGGAAAAAAAAAAUUAUGAGCCAAUGAAAAUUAAGAAAAGAAAUGGAAAUUUAACUUACGUUACCAAAGGUUUGACUGUUGUAGAAAGCGGUGAAAUCAAAGAUAUCUCAUUUUAUUAUACUCUAAGACGUAGGUAUGUUUAUUUUUCGUCUCUUCCAACGUUCAAGACAAAAAUAUUGUUGUUGGCUAACUGGUUAGGUCUUUUGUGUUCAAAAGUGUUUAAUUAG